AUGCGGAGCCGCAAGCUGCCUCGCUAUGUCCAAUUCAUGUCCGACAACGUCUCCCACGCCACCUUAGUCCUCAUUCUGCUUGCUUCCGCCACCAGUUCCCUGCGCGACCUUCAGCCUGCGUUGCGCUUACGGCCCUCUGCGGGAGGCCGUCCCGCGUCUCCGCUCCGGCUGUCGUUUGCCCGGGUCAGCAAAGUCCAACUCUUAGGCCCCGCUCCUCCUGAAUCCCACUCCCCCCAUUUCCGCCCCGCACAACAUGUCCUCUUCUUUACGCACACAUUCGUCGUCUGCCCAAGUCCCAUCAACUUCUCACGCCUCCGCCCUGCCCUUGGCCCCGGCAAUAUCUAG